UUCCCGAGUUCCCAGUUGUUAUGAACGCACUGAAGGCUGAGAUUUCCAAGUUCCCAGUUCCUUCGAACGCGGCAUUAUAAACAUCUGAGUGCGUCACACAAUUGUAGUCGUUAUGGCAGCCCAUGCUAGUGAGCUUGAAAUUGCUAAGAAAAAUUUAACAGAAGCAAUUGGUGAUAAUGUCAAACAGUAAGUAUGCAACCGUUGGUUGACGUGAUGUUGUCCUUACACUGUAGGUUUGUUUAACUUUCCUAUUUCGCAAGUUAUUUUAAACGUCUAUAAAUAGAUAGCAAAGCUAGCUAGCUGUCUGCGAACGGAUAUGCAGUGACCAGUGUAACCAAAGAUGUUCUAAUUGUUCUAUCUGUCAAUUGCAUCUCUUUUUAAAGUUACUGGGCGAACUUGAAACUGUGGUUCAAACAGAAGAUAAGCAAGGAAGAGUUUGACAUCGAGGCUCGUCGCCUUUUGGCACAAGACAACGGUUAGUGCAGAUAUUAUUCGACAUUCUCUGUUUCUGUGUGUUGGACCUAACGUUAGCUGGUCCAUGGAGCCCUGCAUCUUUCCGUUAACCCCUUCAUCGAUGCUUUUUUAGUGACUGGCUUCAUUACACUUUCGUUACACACAAAAGUAAAGAUGUUACUAGAGAGCUGAUUAAGUUUUCUCUGAAUUGGCAAGCUGUCGUUUCGUUAGUCCAAAAUACGAAAUGUGAGCACUGUUUACCGCCACUAGCCAUGCGCAUGCGUCUGAUCUGCAUGGACCAGAGCUACUGUUCAAUGCAAAAAAAUAAACAAUUUCAAAGCUAACUCUCCACAUUUUCCCCUCUCAGUUCAUGUCCACAAUGACUUUCUCCUGGCCAUUCUCACUCGCUGUCAGAUUAUCAUCUCCACACCAGGUAGGUUUUCCAAUAUUGAAUGUAUCAAUAUCUUAAUUGAUACAGUUUCCUCACAUCUGUAUGUUGACCACAAACCUGACUGCAACAACCUCCACUUUUCCAGAGGGUGCUGGAUCUUUGCAAUGGGCAGGUUGUGCAGCCUCCAAGCCUGGCAAGCCUGCGAAAGGAAAGAAGAAGUUCUCCUCCAGACAGAAAUUUGAUGUGAGUUGUUAAUAAUGUAUUAUAUUUGUAAAGCACUUUUAAUUACCAAGAAUAAUCUCAGUGCAUAAAAUAUAAUAUUAUAUAUAUAUAUAUAUAUAUAUAUAUAUAACCAUAUCAUGAAAGCAACAAUCAAAGUCUAGGAGGAAGGGUAGGCCAGCCGAUAGAGAUGAGUCUUAAGGUCAGAUUUAAAAGCUCCAACAGUCUGAACAGCCCUGAGAUUAUCUGGAAGGGAGUUCCAUAGGCGUGGUGCGUGGGAGGAAAAGGCACGGUCCCCCAUUGUGCGGAGCCUUGUCCUAGGGGCCUGAAGUAGUUUGGCGUGGCUUGAACGUAGGGUGGGUGGAGGUUCAUAGGGGGAGAGUAGAUCUGACAGGUAGUCGGGUCCGAUGCCGUUUAGGGCUUUGUAGACGAGGAGGAUAAUUUUAUAGUCAAUUCUUUGAGGAACAGGUAGCCAAUGGAGAUCAGCAGGGAUGGGGUUGAUGUGGGCAGACUUUUUGUGUUUGUCAGAAUCCUUAACACACGUGUAACAAAUACUUCGUAAUUUUCUUGCGUUGUGUUUAUAAAGAAAGUUGUUGCCCUUGAAUAAUGGAUAAUGGGAGGUGGCAAUAAUAUAUGGUUUAGAAACUUCAGACCCAUCCUUCUGGUGAAGUAUAAUUCUGUGCGUGACCCGUUGCGUCUUCAGCAUCGUUUCCAGCCCCAGAACCCUCUGAGUGCGGCCCAACCCUUUAGCCCGCGGGAGGUGGGGGGUGAGGAGGAGGAACUGAAACUGAGUGUCAAUACCUUGCUGCUGCCCACCCGCGGCCAGCUGGAGGCCCGCAUGAUGGUCACGGCCUUCGAGCUGGGCCUGGACAACGUCAUGGAGGACGCUGUCAGCACCAUGAUCCACGCUGUGGAGGUAUGUGUGAGAUACUGGUUCAAGAUAUGUUUUCAUUCUAGGGCUCAAUCCCAAUACCCCCCUUAGCCCUCCCCCUCGUUUGAGUCUCCCUCGGUGGGGUAGUAUCCCUCAAACGGAGAAACUAGUGGUAGGGAGAGAUACCAUAACCCUAGGGAAUGGGACAUCACUACAUCAUUCGCACACAGCAGAAGCCGGCAAAGGAUAGCUUACGACGCAAUUCAUUGAUGUCGAGCCUGUACUGUACUGACGGCAGUAAUAGCUUUUCUUAUAUUUCUCAUGCAACAAAUACGUUCUUACCAUAUGAGCAACAAAUGAAAGAACUGCAAAACAACAAUGUGCCCUAAUGUACCCAUCCUCUAGCUGUGGUUCAAUGUGGAGUAGUACUGAAGUAGGACUUUCAUUCCAUAAUAGCAGUUUGACAAGUAACAGUCGCAUUUCCUUCACUCUCUCAUUUUCUGCAAUUUCUUGGGGAUUAAUGUUUAACCAGUGGAAGCAAUUAAAACGACUGUUCUGAAUUAAUAUUUAUACCAAACAUUUUAGGGUCUGUAUAUAGAUCGUCUACAAAGCUACACAUCCAUAGAAUACAGGUAUUUUUUUAUCCUGCACUACACAAUAAGUAAGAAAAGAGUUAGCUACGUUAUUUCAGCUACAUUGCAUGACAAAUAUCGUCAAUCUCUAACAUUGAAGAACAAUGACAAGUGAUUUGAAUUUGAUGUUUUUUUUAUGACCAGCAAGGCAAGCUUACAAAAUUGUUUAUUCAAUUUGCACUAAAUGCUUUAGCUAGAUUCUUUGCGUCCACGGGAUUUCACAAGAUGACAGCCCACACAAUACCCCAUAAUGACUAAGCAAAAAGUUUGUUUUGUAAAUUUAUAAAAAACGAAAUAUUACAUUUACAUAAGUAUUCAGACCCUUUACUCAGUACUUUGUUGAAGCACCUUUGGCAGCUAUUACAGCCUCGAGUCUUCUUGGGUAUGACGCUACAAGCUUGGCACACCUGUAUUUGGGGAGUUUCUCCCAUUCUUCUCUGCAGAUCCUCUCAAGCUCUCAGGUUGGAUGGGGAGCGUCGCUGCGCAGCUAUUUUCAGGUCUCUCCAGCGAUGUUCGAUUGGGUUCAAGUCCGGGCUCUGGCUGGGCCACUCAAGGACAUUCAGAGACUUGUCCCGAAGCCACUCCUGCAUUGUCUUGGCUGUGUGUUUAGGGUCGUUGUCCUGUUGGAAGAUUAACCUUUGCUCCAGUCUGAGGUCCUGAGUGCUCUGGAGCAGGUUUUCAUCAAGGAGCUCUCUGUACUUUGCUCCGUUCAUCUUUCCCUCGAUCCUGACUAGUCUCCCAGUCCCUGCCGCUGAAAAACAUCCCCACAGCAUGAUGCUGCCACCACCAUGCUUCACCGUAGGGAUGGUGCCGUGUUAUCUCCAGACGUGACGCUUGGCAUUCAGGCCAAAGAGUUCAAUCUUGGUUUUAUCAGACCAGAGAAUCUUGUUUCUCAUGGUCUGAGAGUCCUUUAGAUGUCUUUUGGCAAACUCCAAGCGGGCUGUCAUGUGCAUUUUACUGAAGAGUGGCUUCCUUCUGGCCACUCUACCAUAAAGGCCUGAUUGGUGGAGUGCUGCAGAGAUGGUUGUCCUUCUGGAAGGUUCUCUCAUCUCCACAGAGGAACUCUGGAGCUCAGUCAGAGUGACCAUCGGGUUCUUGGUCACCUCCCUGACAAAUGCCCUUCUCCCCCGAUUGCUCAGUUUGGCCGGGCGGCCAGCUCUAGGAAGAGUCUUGGUGGUUCCAAACUUCUUCCGUUGAAGAAUGAUGGAGGCCACUGUGUUCUUGGGGAUCUUCAAUGCUGCAGAAAUGUUUUGAUACCCUUCCCCAGAUCUGUGCCUUGACAUAAUCCUGUCUCAGAGCUCCCCUGACAAUUCAUUCGACAUCAUGGCUUGGUUUUUGAUCUGACAUGCACUGUCAACUGUGGGACCUUAUAUAGACAGGUGUGCCUUUUCCAAUCAUUUCCAAUCAAUUGAAUUUACCACAGGUGGACGCCAAUCAAGUUGUAGAAACAUCUCAAGGAUGAUCAAUUGAAACAGGAUGCACCUGAGCUCAAUUUUGAGUCUCAUAGCAAAGGGUCUGAAUACUUAUGUAAAUAAGGUAUUUCUGUUUUUGCAAACAUUUCUUAACCUGUUUUUUGCUUUGUUAUUAUGGGGUAUUGUGUGUAGAUUGAGGAUUUUUAUUUUUUAAAUCCAUUUUAGAAUAAGGCUCAAAUGUAACAAUGUGGAAAAGGGGAAGGGGUCUGAAUACAUUCCGAAUGCACUGUAGCUUGUUAAAUAGCGAUUUUCAUAAAUUAACUUUAUGACAGAAAUAUGCAUAAUUGUUUGUCUCUACAUUUUUUGCAUGAUUUGUUAUGAAGUUAUAAUUACUAACAUUUGCUUCCAUCCUAGUAUUUUUACUUUUCUGAAGCAACUCUCCAGCCUUGGGAGAUUCAUGGGAGUUUUGGGAACCUCUCGGUCUGUGACUCGAUAGGAAGUCUGCAUCUCGAUUCACUUUAUUUGAAAGUGUGUGUGUGUGUAGUGCCUGGAGGGCUGAAAAGGCACUACGCCUCACUCCAAGUUGAAUUGGCAUACCACUCUGACUCGAUGGGGCUCGUGGGAUAGCGCAAAACUGAGUGGGAGGGCUAAGGGGGGGUAUUGGGAUUGAACCUAGGACAGAUUACUUUAUGCUUUGAGACAUGCUUCACUAAGCUGUUGUCCCUCCACUACCACAGAACCAUCUGAAGGAUGUGCUGACUGCCGUGGUGUCCAGGAGGAAGGCCUACCGGCUGCGUGACGGACACUUCCCCUACGCCUUCGGCAGUGACGUCACCCCACAGCCCUACUUGAAGAACAGCCUGGCUGCCUACCACAUCGUUACAGAAUGGUAAGGAGGUCAGAGGUCAACUCUGUCUGCAGCUCUCCGCUGUCAUCUACCUCGCAUCAACUAGAAAAAUGUUCAGUGAAAUCUCUUAACUAUUUGUGUCAAUGAAUCGCAAAGAAACCGAAACGUAGUUACAAUGCUAUUAUUAGGAAAUUACAUCCUGGUAAGCAGCGGACUGUAGAAUAAAGUGUAACCAAUUGUUCUCUUCCAAGUAAACUUGAAGGGCCAUUUAUAGACAUCAAUAGGGGCGGCAGGUAGCUUAGUGGGUAAGAGCGUUGUGCCAGUAACCGAAAGGUUGCUGGUUCUAAUCCCCGAGCCGACUAGGUGAAAAAUCUGUCGAUGUGCCCUUAAGCAAGGCACUUAACCCUAAUUGCUCCUGUAAGUCGCUCUGGAUAAGAGCGUCUGCUAAAUGACUAAAAUGUAAAUAGUAGCUAGCUAAAUGGUUGUUGCUCUCUGUCAGAUGGAUUUCAAACAGCAUACUGUACUGUAGGUGCAUGAAGUAACAGUUAGGUGAGGCAGGAGAGCUGCCAGUACAGCACCCUGCAAAAAGGAUCACUGGACACUGGAUAGAGGUCUGUCAAAAAUACUUAUAUUUUUUAUUUACAAUUGGAAAGGUGCAAAAAGGGCAACGUAGUGCAUACUUUUUGCACCAUUCUGUAAGGUUUUCUUAUUAUUCCUAGAGAGAACUCCUUUGCGGUGUUGGGGUCAGGCAGCAUUCCCCUUUACUAAUAGAUUACCUUUAUGCUUUUUGUCAUGCUCUUGAUUCAAUGUCCGUACUGACCGGCUCUCUCUCUCUCUCCUCGUCCCCCAGCCCACCUCCCAGUGCGUCUCUCCCAGCGGGCCCGCCCCCUCAGGUGUCACCAGACGAUACUGAGCAGCAGGCUGCUCUCCUAUUGGCCUGUUCCGGUGACGGUCUCCCUGCGCCCCUCCCUCCUAUCAGCAUGUUUGAUCUCCUGGAAGCGUUACAGGUGAGGAGAUUGCAGCCUCAAUUGGCCUUACCUUAACAUUAUAUAUCUAUAACCAAAAACAUUUACAUUUUAAUUGUUUUCCUUUUCACUCACAAUCAACAAACAAAUUAUUAUGUGUAAUCAAAAGGCAAAGCUGAACAGAAGGUAUUUAUGUAAUUGUAUGUGAAAGAAAAAAGAAACUCAAACUACUGUAUUGCUAAUGUAUAUGUUUUUCCUUGAUGUAGGUCCACCGGGGUGUGAUGCCCUCUCACACCAUGUAUGCCCUGAACAUGGAGCGUAUCCUGUCCCGGCUGUGGCAUCCAAGUCACGAGGAGCUGGAGCAGGACCAUGUGCACCGCCAACGCCUCGCAGGGAAGGACGGCCUGCUUGUCAGCUGAUACACACAGACGGUCAGGUGGACACACAGACAGAUAGUGGUGGGGUAGGGCAGAGACAAAUAGAGAGAUGAACACAGUGUUGAGGCACCUAUGUGGCCCCUAUACACUGCCUUGAAGCAGAGCGAGGGAGAGGAUGAUCUCUAAGACUGGAUUAACAAUCCACUAGGGGGGCUCUGCAACCGAUUCACCAUGCACCACAACUUUACACUAGUGUCAAUAAUGUUUUAGAACGCUUGGUGGAGUGUAAACCC